AUGGCGCAAGACGCAUUGGAGCUGUUAGACGGACUCAGAUGGUACUCAGACGUGCAUGUGGCGGGCAUCUCAAUGGGGGGCAUGAUCUCUCUCGAAUUGAUCCUCGCUGCGCCCAAGCGGUUCUCGUCCUUGGUUCUUACAUCCACGAACGCCGGUCGAUCUCCGCCACAGUUGGUCACCCUUGCCUUCUUUGCUAGGGUCUUGACCAUCCUUGACCCGCACUUGCGUCUUAGGUUCAUUACUGAACAUCUGUAUCCCAAGAGCUGGUUGGAUGAAUCGGCACCACCAGACACUGAAUUCAAGACGAACAGGGACUUUGUCACUAUGACGCUCAAGAAACAAUACAUCGACAUACCAAUGCAACCCCUCCACGCCAACAUUGCCCAAGUCUGGGCAGCACUCACCCACCACGUUAACCCCCAACGCCUCGCCCAGAUCCGCGCCUCCCAGAUCCCGGUCCUGAUCGUGACGGGCACCGAUGAUCAAUUGGUGAGGCAUUCGGCUUCAAAGUAUAUGCAGAAGCAUUUGGGGUGUCGAAUGAGUGUUUUUGAGGGUUCGGGCCAUAUUAUUCCUUCGGAGCAGACGGUGGCGUAUUGUGGCCUUGUAGAGGAGUUGGUUUGUGAGAGUCGUGGUGGUAGUGGUCUUCUUCAAUCAGAGAUCUGA